AUGCUGCAACCACCUUCGCUACUGACGCUGCCGACGGACGUUCGCGGCCACAUCUACAGCUUCCUCCUCGGCGGCCGCUUGCGCCACGGCUUUCGAUCGUCGUCGACGAACCUGCUCGCGUGGGUGGGGACGUGUCGCGCCAUCUACGACGACGUGCAGGCGACGCAGCUCACGGAGCUUGCGAUGGACUUUGCGACGACGCAAGCUUUCCUCGACACCAUUCCCCGUCUCCCGCAGCACGUGCUGCGUCAGGUCAAGCACGUUCGCAUGAUCGGGUACCUCUUGCCGCUCCACCCCGUCACGCAGGCGUUCGCACGCCCGUGCGACGCAAUCAACUUUUUCCCGGCCCUCCAGCUCGACUCGCUUCUCGUGGAGGAUUAUUUCCACGGGCCGAAAAGGAGUGCGUCGGACGAUGACUACCUCUCGGACGAGAUGACGCGCCACCAAGUCACGUACCUUCUCGCGACCGACGGCUGGACGUCGCUGCAGUACGUGUCGUACGCGACGGGGUUUCUCUCGCUCGCGGGCGCCAACCAAGUCGGGAUGUGGGACCAGUUCCUCAAGGACUCGUACGGCGAAAACGCGAGCGUGACCGUGUAUGUGGCCAAGGAAGCGGCGCCGGAUGCGUACCACGUUCUACGCAACGAUCCUGCCCGCGUCCUCAGCGACCUCACGCAAUUUGAGGCGUGGACACCCGAGAUGGCUCAGAAGGCGCCGCGUCGGCUGCGCGAAGUCCGCAUCCUCGCGACGCGCGAUGCCACAAAACCGCGACGGCAAACAUGCAAAGCAAUGGACAUUGCGAGCGACGCCUUUCGGCAGCAAUACCUCUGGGCGACGACGAUCGCCGACGAUGCUCGCUCGAGCUACUAG